AUGGCCGGAGAGAGGAUUGUAUUCAAGGAAGUUCUUCCUAAAAAGGGACUCCUUUUCACUGAGCAAACUCCGAUGCCGGUUCUUUGCAAGCCCAAAAUAAUGCCCAUGAAGUCUGUGACGCUUGAAAAGCUGGAAACCAUGCAAAAGGAAGCACAAGAAGCUGUAAAGAGACAAGAACAGGAACAGAAAUUGCAUGGUGGAUUCACAUAGCAACAUCGAAUAACAAACCUUCUCGAACAGUUGUAUGAUAUCACCCUUGAGGAAAUGAUUGUUCGAGAUUUAUUACUUUGCAUUUUCAUAUGUCGCUUCGCCUCUGUUUCCUUCCUUCUAGUUUGUGGAGGAUUCCUAGCGAAAGGGAAUUCGCGUUGGUGUACUGUGGAAUCAUCCUUGCACUCACGCACCAUCACGAUCGAUCACCGUCUGCAUGUGCUUAGUGGUUUCUGGUGA